AUGGUGCUGCCUCCCCCCACCCGGCUUCUGAACGCAGCCUUGUGGGUGAACUCGGGGGAACUCCAGGAGUUGGGGUUGUGCCAGGUACCUGCCUCUCUUGGGACUGGGUUUUGCAGGGGACCCUGGUGGUGGAUGCUUGACUCAUCCGCAGGGUAUGAUCCCCGCGUUGAGGGCCGCUGCUCAGUACUGGGAAGGAGUGAGAAGUGCCCCCAAAGUGCAGUUUCUUCUCUCCUGAGCAGCACUGCCGGCCUCCAGCAGUUCAGACACUCCUGGCGGCAGGGGCUGGAGCUACAGUCCACGGUUCCUUGGCUCUCCUGUGUGUCAGAGACUAGAUUCCAAGCCCUGGGGGUUGGAGAGAAGAGCUCCCCCUAG